AUGAGCACGCCAGCAGCUCCUCCGGCAAACAUGGCCGCCACCACCCCUCAACACCCAGCAAACUCGAACGCCUCACCACGCACAAGCUUCCUCGACCUCCCACUACACGUCCGCAACACGAUCUACCACCUCGCCCUGCCCCGUGAUGAGCCACUCGAGCUACAGCUCUCCGAACAGAAUGGCGAGAAGGCCAUCUCCGCCUCCUCCUCAUCAUCACCACCCACACCACCACAUCGCCUCCCAGUAGCCCUCCUCGCCACCACGCACCAAAUCAACCUCGAAGCGCUCCCCAUCCUCUACAGCACCAAUACCUUUACCUUCACCUCCGCCCGCGCCCUAAUCACCUUCGCCACCAUGAUCGGAUCCCAGGCCCGCGAGCACUUACACCACAUCCGCCUCCCCACAACCCAAACGAACCAAGAACUCUACAAACAAUGCGCCAGCCGACUCCGCUUCUCUCGUCACCUCGCAUCGCUGGAGAUUUGUGGACGGGGCUAUGAGGCUGGUGAGCAUGUGACGGCUUUGAAAGGGUUGAUGGUGGCUUUGAAGAAGGGUGGCAGGACGGAUUUGGAGGGGUUGGUAGGGGUUGUGAGGUUUUUGCCGGGCGGGGAGGGGAAGGGGGAGUUCGGAGAGGAGGAUGCGGAGAGGAGGAUGCGGAGAGGAUGA